AUGGCCCUCUCAGACUCAACUGCAGCUCGCCUUACUGAAAACAGGACAUACGGAUCCAUCGAUCCUAUGUUAGACAACCAUUUCCAGACUUUGGAAAACUGUGCAGUACCAGAAACAAAUUUCGGCAGUGUCAAACGCCCUCCAUAUCUUUCAAGUUCGUCCGAAACGCGUCACUCGACUGGUACCUUGACUAUAGCCCCUUCAGCCUCUGCCACUUCCGCCGUCCAGAAGGACCACAACAAAGCCAGCGCCGAAGAUCAACCCCAACCUGCCACGAACCUCGACAUGGGACCAAAAGGACAUAUCAUCAAGCUUCCAGUGGAACUUCAAAAGAUCAUCGCCGAAAAUAUCACUCCCCAAGAAGUCGUAUGUCUCGCGCUCACCUGCAAAGCUCUCUAUCAUGUCCACAAGAAUGUCAUAACCACUGUUCCUCUCUACCAACCACGCUACCAAGGCAAGCAACUAUGCAGUUUAUUGAGAGACUGGAUUGAUCCAGAACAUCUCAUGGUCCUCGAUACUCACACUAGCAAGUUCGUCACCUGGGAAUGUCGGGAGAAGAUUAUGGGAGCACGAUUCAACCUAUGGCAAAAGCAGGGCUCGCACGGCGCAGCUUGCAAGGGGUGUUUUCAUUCGGUUUGGAGCGUAGUUGCUGAAGUUCGUUCACAAAACAUCACUUCGCGAACAUGGGUGCUCCCUGACCGAGUCAGAAACUUGAACCUUCCUUGA